GAGAGAGAGAGAGAGAGAGAGAGAGAGAGAGAGAGAGAGAGAGAGACCACCAACAUCAACACCACCACCGUGCAGGAAAAACGUCUGUCCCCUCAGAGACCAACCCCGACGCCCACACUUCCGGACUGGAGGCAGCUGGGUCGGGAUCAGUGAAUGUAAAAAGAAGGUUGGGAUGCAUCCAUCCAUCUCCCGGUGCUGUUUGAGAUGAGGAUAAGACGACGACGUAUUCUCCGGUGAAACGGCGAUGCUCGUUACGUUCCAUUUAGACCGGCCCGUUACAAUCUGAGCACAACUGAUCCAAAUCGCGGCGGCUAUUCGCCCAACACUCAGAGGGGAUUCUGGCUUUAGCCAUACUGUCUGUCUGCUGUCAACUGUUGCUUAUUUCCACUGUAAAUGAAUCUUAUAAGGUUUAUGAACAACCGUGUUCCUCCUAACAAGAGAUACCAGCCCACAGAAUAUGAGCAUGCUGCCAACUGUGCCACGCAUGCGCUAUGGAUAAUUCCCAGCUUGCUGGGCAGCUCAGUGUUGCACUUCCAGUCGGAGGACCAAUGGGAGCGGCUGUCGGCCUGGGUGUACGGGGCGGGGCUCAGCUCGCUCUUCAUCAUCUCCACCCUGUUCCACACUGUGGCCUGGAAGAAGAGCCACCUACGGUCUGUGGAGCACUGUUUCCACAUGUGUGACAGGAUGGUGAUCUAUUUCUUCAUUGCAGCCUCCUACGCCCCUUGGCUGAACCUGCGGGAGCUGGGUCCCUGGGGGUGUCACAUGCGCUGGCUGGUGUGGGUCAUGGCCUCUUUUGGAACCACCUACGUCUUCUUCUUCCAUGAGAGGUAUAAGAUCACGGAGUUGAUCUGCUAUAUGGUGAUGGGAGUUUUUCCUGCCCUGGUCAUCCUCUCAAUGCCGGAGCAGUCGGGGUUAUAUGAGCUGCUGGUGGGCGGAGCCUGCUACUGUUUGGGGAUGGUCUUUUUUAAAAGUGAUGGCAUCGUCCCAUUCGCUCAUGCCAUUUGGCACUUGUUUGUAGCUAUGGGAGCAGCCAUACACUACUACGCCAUCUGGAAGUACCUUUAUGCCCAGCCAUCCAGUCAGGUCCAGACCUCCAGAUGACAUCAGCGCUGACCUCACAAGUAGCUCUUGUGUUUGAGCAACUUCAAGGGGUUAAUGCGAGCUGUGUCCCAAUUCAGGAGUUGCCUCCUUUGGAGAGCAAGUGAACCUCCUCCACAAAUAAGACGGUGUAGCCUCACAGUCACAAAAACUAAUGGUGCAUUUAGGUGAUCCUCGUCAACUUGUGAAGCAAAAAAA